AAACCGUCUGAGAGUGUGCUUCCAGCGGCGGCCGGUAGGUGGCGGUAGAAGGCCGCUGUUCGGGUGGAAGGAAGUGAAGAAGUGAACUUGCUGUUAUGUUAGCUAUGCUAACUGGAAGAUGUUGGCCAGGAUACGACAGCUGUGCUGUCUGACAGACUGACCGAUGCCCUCACCAUGACGCUGGGCCGCGCCGCGCUGCUCCUCAGCCUCUUGCUGUCACAGGCCAGAGGCUUCCUGAGCUUCGGAGAGGAUGACGGCAUCCCGGACGAAUGGGUGCUGCUCCAUGUGGUCCAGGGUCACAUCGGGGCCGGAAACUACAGCUACCUGCGCCUCAACCACGACGGGAAAAUCAUCCUGCACAUGCAGAGCCUCAAAGGCGACGCCGAUCUGUACGUCUCCGAUAAAACGCUCCAUCCCAACUUCGACACCUACAAGCUGCAGUCGGUCACGUGCGGCCACGACGUGGUGGUGGUGCCCGGAGACUUCAAACGGCCCGUGGGAAUCGGAAUUUACGGCCACCCGUCGUACAAGGAGAGCGAGUUUGAGAUCCGAGUGUUUUAUGACCAGGCGGUUCCCCAGGACCCGUUUGAGAGCGGCUCCUACUCAUCAGAGGGUGGACACGCCGAAAAGAAAUCUGCCCAGGCAGGAGACGACUUUCAGGAGGAGGAGUCCAUCUUUUGGACCAUUCUGAUCGGACUUCUGAAGAUAAUACUUGAAAUUUUGUUUUGAAGGCCACCUCACUGCUGCUACGAUGCAGGGAGACGCUUUGACUCCGUCUGAAACAAAUGUUCAUUUCCUUUGUGUCUGUUUGAAUGAAAAGUUGUAGUGAUUCAGUUAAAAUGCCUUUCUGAUCUGAAAUCAAACGUUCACACGUCACCAGCUGGUUCUAGAAUCCCUGUUAAACUGUGGCUUUGUGGGAGAUUUUGCUGUAAUGUCUGACCUCUGUCUGCGUCUGGAGAAAAGAGCAAAGAUCAGGGGGGAUCACUCAUGGCUUUGGUUCCUUUAGGGUUGGUGAAAUGUUUUCAUUCGUCACUUUCUGGGCUGAUUUAAAGACAUCUGGUUGUAGGCUGAGAACAGCACAUAAGAGUCACACAAACUAAAACCUAGAAUAUAAGCCACUAAUUUUAUUUUCUCCUUUAAAAAAAAUGUACCUACUGAAUAUUAAAUAAAUAUUGCAAUAGUUUCAGGAUAAAGUGCUUAUUGGCUACAGGAAGAACCUCGUUUAUUGGUUAAGCACUG